UAUUUGCAACUUAUAUGGAAUUAUAUUUGGAAAUAAUGUUGUCUGUAGUUUAUAGAAUAAAACAACAAUGUCCAUUUUACUCAAACAUAAACCUAUAGAUAGCAAAAUUGAAGAAACUGAGUCAGAAACUUAAGUGCUCUCUUAAUUGUGAGUAAUUUGGACUCCCUCGUGAGCGCCAUCUAGUGGUGGAAUAAACCCAGUGCAGCUUCUCAAGUGUGAAUUCUCCUCUGUAUCAGAGAUUCUGUGGUGCAGCUGUGUCUGAAUCAGAAGAUCAGGAGCUGCUGCUGAAGAAAACAAUGACCUCCUCUUCUGAAUCUUCCCCUCCUUCCCCUACACAUCUCCAGACGUCCAAAGAGAUGUCUGGAGAUGUUCCACAAGAGGAAUUCAUCACGGUUCUGAUACAAGAUGAGAUUAAAGUAGAGGAUGUGGAGCUCAGUGAAAGCGCCCAGGAAACAUCUUCCAGCUCUCCUCAAAAACAAACAGAGAAAAUUACAGGCAAGGUGAGAUCCUACCACUGCUCAGAGUGCGGCAAAAACUUUGCCCAACUGAGCAACCUCCAAACGCACCAGCGCAUCCACACAGGAGAGAGGCCGUACCUGUGCUCAGAGUGCGGGAAGGGCUUCACCACACAGAGUCACCUCCAAGCUCACCAGCGCAUUCACACCGGAGAGAAGCCGUACCAGUGCUCGGAGUGCGGCCGGAGCUUCAACCAGCACAGGAGCUUCAAGGUGCACCAGCGCAUUCACACCGGAGAGAAGCCGUACGACUGCACGGUGUGCGGACGCAGCUUUAGAGAGCGAGGAACCCUCAUUAAACAUGAGCGUGUUCACACUGGAGAGAAGCCCUACAUCUGCUCCGUCUGCGGGAUGAGCUUCAACCAGCAGAGCACCUUCCAGGUGCACCAGCGCAUCCACACCGGAGAGAAGCCGUUCGACUGUGAGGUCUGCGGACGUAGCUUCAGAGAGCGAGGAACGCUCCGGAAGCACGAGCGAGUUCACACCGGAGAGAGGCCGUACUUCUGCUCAGAGUGUGGGAAGAACUUCUCCCUGCAGAGCAGUCUCCAGAGACACCAACGCGUUCAUACUGGAGAGAAGCCGUACUACUGCUCCUACUGCGGGAAGAACUUCAAACAGCACAGUAACCUCCAGCUGCACCUGCACAGUCACACAGGCGAUAAACCGUACUGCUGUGCAGACUGUGGAAGGAGCUUUACUCUGCAGAGCAGCCUACAGAGACACCAGCGCAGUCACACAGGCGAGGAGCUCUACAACUGAUCCAGCAGAGUGUGGGAAGUUUCCAGAAAAUUAAGACCUGUUGAGUAAUGCAGCUGCAGUCGUGCAGAUGAAGUACCUGGCUGGGUAGAGAAGCUUCAGCUACAUCUUAAAAAGCUUUAGCUUGGGAAAAUGUAAAAUACAGUCAGCUGUAUUGUGAAUUACCCACAAUGAAUGGUUUUGAACAUGGAGGAUAACCAAUCCGGUGGCUUUUCCACAGGGACAUGGUUUUUAGUUUGGCACAGAAUACUUACAGCGUGGUUAGCUUACGGUACCUGGGGCCACAGAACCGUUUAGUAGGAGGGCUUAUAGACUCAGGGAUCUGUCUAUUAGCUAGCACCGGGCUGUGCUAAUGCCAGGAAACUGGUGGCUGGCAUGCCAAAGCCUCAGUAGCGAUGUUGGACCAUGUUGGAAGUAAUGUAAAGCAGGGCCCAUUGCCGGCGUAAUAAUAUCUCACUCAUAGCCAUCAUGCUAAGAAUACUGUAGUGAUGUAAGACAAAAAAUGCAUACCAAGGAAAACAGCAAAACAACAGUAAUCGCCCCUUUAAUCAGGCAUUUAAACGACUGUUUGAAAGGUAACUAAGAGCGUUUUCUGUGAUUAAAAGUGUGAAUUCAGCUGUAACUGGAAAUAUCUGCACACAACUGUGCUGGACUGUGCACAGCUUUCGAGGCCAUUUGUUUACUACAACCAAUCGACAAUUGGAUAGAGAAUGGAGCCGUGUUUGAAAGGUGGAGUUAAGAAUUUUGGCCUUAUGUUUGCAAAUCAGAUUCAUAUAUAUUUAUAUACACUGCCUGGCCAAAAAAAUAAUCACACACCGUAAUAAUUAGUUGGAUCACUUUCUCGGACUCUGGCUGCUGAUGCCAAAGCAGCAUGACCUGGGGUUAUACUGUAUCAGACAUGUUUGAUAAAAUUUUUUAUUCCACCUUAAAUGAUGCAGCAGAUACAUUUUGGCCACAGUACCAUUUAAGAUAGAACUGAAAUAAUAAUAGCCAUUAGCCAAUAAGAAGCAAGAAAAAUCUGCAAACUACAGCCAACUAGCACAUAAUUGGCCACAUUAAGAAUCAGGGUUAAAAUCGGGGCAAAACUCUUGUAGUGUACCCCCACCAUUGGAACCAGUAUUGUCCUGCUGAAAAUCCAGCUCAAAACCAGCUUCAGAUGGCCUAAGCUGAUCUUUUACUGGUCAAGGAGGUUGAAAACUGCUCAGAUUGAUCAAGCUGUUCGACCAGCUAAACUAUUACACUUGAACAAAAGCACCCUUGACCUGAAUGAGCUGGGCAGGCUUUUUAAUUUUUUUCAGAAGUUUUUAGUGCUAUGCUUCACAAACCGGUGAAUAAUGUUUCAAUUUAAACAUUUUGUAUUUUUGUUUUGUUAAUGUAUUACAAACUUUUAAAAAAUUCAGUAAAUAAACUGUGGUUAAAGUGUGCAGAAGUGUGUCUCUGUAGACAGACAUAUUUUCAUAAACACCGUCAAUUCCAGUCAUGAAUAAAGGAAAUAAAACUUU